AUGGCUUCUUCACCUGACCAAAAUGUGUUGCAGGUGAACGUGAUGGCGAUGCAGUCGCUAUACAUCAAUGUCCCGGAUCCCGCGGCCUCCCCUGAAACGGUCCAGCACAUGAUUCUGGGAAAACUCGCACGGCGCGGCGUCAAGCUGAGCAGCAUACUAGUUACUUCAAAUCCGGGCAACGUGUCUGGUCUGCAAGUCGGUCAAGAACUAGCUACUAGAGCAGUCAAGGAUAGUGCUGUCUUCCAUAUGUUCAACUCGAAUCCCUCGCUUCCAUCUUGGGACAAAUUGCCCGACAAUGAGGAGGAGACCCCUUUCGCUCCGCAUUUGGAUGUGUUGACUCAAAAGCCGAUCACUUGGUUCUAUGACCCGAUCCCAAAAGCUGACUCGACACUCUCGUCCGCUUCUCCCGGUCCUCCGAUUGCCCCGAACCAUGCCUCUGUUGCUCCUGCUAAAGACAACCAAGCUGAGGCUGGUGAUGGACCUACUCCUUCAACCUCUGUUUCAAGAACGCCGUAUCGUGUCAGCAAACGACAGCCGAAGCGAGGCAAACGCGGUCCUAAACAAGCCGAUGAAUCACUCGCGAGGCCAAGAACACGCGCUCAGAAGCGAGCUGCCCUCGAAGCUCUAGAAGCUAAGAUGCAAGCCAGAUCCAGCAGGCCUGAGAAGCGCUUCUUGGCUCGCACCCAGAACCCGUUUAAUUUUGCCAGCCGCGUCGAACGCAUCGGCAUCAAACUAGCUCUAGACCAGUACGGCCACCAGCGGCAACAGCAAUUGAAGAAAAGACUGGCGAGGGCCACGGAGAACCGUUGGAGAGGCCAGCCCCGAGACCUGACCGAUGACGACAAGAUGGACGUGAUUACCAAGGAGUUCGAGAAGGCUUUCGAGAAGAUGUGA